CAUUUUAUUUGUUCAAAAUAAGUCAAUAUUAUGCCGAACGAAAAUGUGACGUUCUCAGGUUAAAGUUGUUCUGAUUUGAUCUUUGAUGAGAAAGCUAACGAGAUGAUACGAAGGCAAAGAGGAGAAGAGAAGGCAAGUUGUGCGGCAGAAGAGAUGCAAAGCAAACUCGAGUACCAGUGCCAAAGAGAAGAGCGACGUAGAGGAUUUGAAAAGGUGCAGAACAGGGACUGGUUGAUGAAGAUGUUCGCGGCGGCGAAUACUCAACUGAACCUCGGAUUACUUUACAAGUUCAGCAUCGUCAUUCAUUUCAUGCCAGCCACGGAUUCCGUAAAAAGUUAGUGCCCAAUAUGAAUGGCUCUAGUUUCUUACUUGAUUUCCACCACGGAUUCACCUCCAUAAUAACUACUCUGGAUAUUUGCAUGCAAUUCUCUACAUUGACCAUGCUCUGUCUAUUGUUAACACAUUUCUGGUUCCGAUUUGCUUACGUAUUGUGGCACCGACUUCAUUCUUAACACUUUUGGACAGUAUUAGUUGGAUUCUUUUGUCUUUCGUGAUCUCUGCUUCUUCAUUGUAAAUGGGUAUUCUGGCACUAACUUCACCCAUUUUCUUUCAUAUUUUUCACCGAUUGAAGAAAAGUGUUCUCUAUCGGCAUAAUAUAAAUUAUUGAACCGCUUAAUAAGUGUUCCACGUUCACCUUGAGAGAGACCGUGAAUAUACUCGAUCUUGUCUUUGGAAUUCUUUUUUCCUUGUUACAAUUCCUUCUUUGUUUGUGUUCUUUGUAAAAGUGGGUUGGGACAAUGAGUAAGGAUGAAGGGGAAGAUAAUAAUGCACUUGGUAGUGACAUUUCUGGGAACUCGGGUAGGCAGUCGGAUAGUUUGCCUUAUGUUCACAAGGUGGGAGUGCCUCCUAAGGAGAGCUUGUUCAGGGCAUUCAAAACCAAUGUUAAGGAAACCUUCUUCCAUGAUGAUCCUUUGCGCCCAUUUAAGGAUCAACCCUGGCUGAAGAAGUUCGUUUUGGGAAUCCAAGCCGUGCUCCCCAUUAUUGAAUGGGGCAGAUCGUAUGACCUUUCCAAGCUUAAAGGUGAUCUCAUUGCUGGACUCACCAUCGCUAGCCUUUGCAUUCCACAGGACAUUGGAUACUCAAAACUUGCCAAUUUGGAUCCUCAAUAUGGGCUUUAUAGUAGCUUUGUUCCGCCUUUAAUCUAUGCAUUCAUGGGUAGCUCAAGAGAUAUUGCCAUAGGGCCUGUGGCCGUGGUGUCUCUAUUGCUUGGAAGUAUGCUACAGGAUGAGAUCGAUCCUAUCAAGCAGAAAGUGGAAUAUCAUCGCCUUGCUUUUACUGCUACAUUCUUUGCUGGCAUUACUCAGUUUGUACUUGGUUUCUUCAGAUUGGGUUUCUUGAUUGAUUUUCUGUCUCAUGCUGCUAUUGUUGGCUUCAUGGCUGGGGCAGCCAUAACCAUUGCCCUUCAACAGCUCAAAGGUCUUCUCGGAAUAAACAAAUUUACCAAGAAAACUGAUAUUAUAUCCGUGAUGCAAUCGGUGUGGGGAUCAGUUCAUCAUGGGUGGAAUUGGCAGACUAUUGUAAUAGGAGUCACUUUCUUGGCUUUCCUUCUCACUGCCAAGCACAUUGGAAAGAACAAAAAGUAUUUCUGGGUUCCUGCAAUCGCACCAUUAGUUUCGGUUGUCCUCUCAACGUUCUUUGUCUAUAUCACACAUGCCGAAAAGAAGGGUGUCCAAAUUGUUAAUUAUAUAGAGAAGGGCAUCAAUCCGUCAUCUGUUAAUAUGUUGUAUUUCUCUGGUGGUUAUCUUGCCAAAGGAUUCAGAAUUGGAGCCAUUGCCGGUAUGGUAGCAUUGACAGAAGCAACAGCAAUUGGAAGAACAUUUGCAGCAAUGAAGGAUUACCAGAUAGAUGGAAACAAAGAAAUGAUAGCAUUAGGGACAAUGAACUUAGUAGGGUCACUGACGUCUUGUUUUGUAGCCACAGGAUCAUUUUCGCGAUCAGCUGUGAACUACAUGGCAGGAUGCCAUACUGCAGUCUCUAACAUCGUGAUGUCCUUUAUUGUGCUCCUGACCCUGGAAUUAAUCACUCCUUUGUUCAAAUACACCCCAAAUGCCAUCUUGGCUUCCAUAAUCAUAUCUGCAGUUGUGGGGAUUAUUGAUGUUCCCGCGGUGGUGCUUAUAUGGAAGAUUGACAAGUUUGAUUUUGUGGCAUGUAUGGGUGCCUUUUUUGGGGUCCUUUUCCACUCUGUUGAGAUUGGACUCCUGAUUGCAGUAGUAAUUUCCUUUGCCAAAAUCCUUCUCCAAGUUACAAGACCAAGAGUUGCAAUCCUGGGCAAGAUCCCUAGGACGAGUGUUUAUAGGAACCUACAACAAUACCCUGAGGCAACAAGAAUUCCUGGCAUUCUGAUUGUUAGAGUUGAUUCUGCAAUUUACUUCUCCAAUUCCAACUAUUUGAGGGACAGGAUACUAAGAUGGCUAUCUGAUGAAGAAGAUGAGCUGAAACAAAACGACAAUGCUUCAAGAAUCCAAUAUUUGAUAGUUGAAAUGUCACCUGUGACAGAUAUAGAUACUAGUGGAAUUGUUGCAUUUGAAGAAUUGUACAAGUGUCUUGAGAAAAGGGGCGUCGAGCUUGUUCUUGCAAAUCCAGGGCCAGGUGUGAUGGUCAAACUGGGUGCAUCCGGUGUUGCAAGCAUGAUUGGACAAGACAGAAUUUUUCUCAGAGUGUCCGACGCCGUCUUAACACUUGCCCCUAACAUGGAGCCUUGAACCAAUCAAUCCUAUUCCAUCCUUUCAUUUUCCAAAACAGCCCAGCACGGCCCGGCCCGGCCCGGCCUGGUUCGGCCCAGCCCGGAAUAUAUUUACUCCCUUCAUUUCUGUCUCUUAUUAUGCAUAUCAUAUCUUGUUGGCGGAAUAUGCAGAGUUAUACCGUCCCACUCAAAAGGUGAUGACACGGUUAUUAAGAAAAAUGAGUAUAUCGAG